AUGCCCAAAGGUUCCAAAAGAAAGGAAAAACCUUUACACUCCACAAUUUCGGUGGUGGGCCCCGAGUACUUUCAGCUCCUGCAAGGACAACUCUUUGUGGGGAACAAUACAAAACAAGUGGCCCUCAUUUUGUGUGGUGAGAGUCACUACGAUGGGAUCGAUGUCACACGCAGUGGCGGCCGGUUUGCGCCACGAGAGGGAUGGGUACAAAUAGGUAACAACAACAACAACAACAAUGAUCUGCCAAUACUAAUAAUGGAGGAACCGUGUGCCUGUCGGAUUCUUCAGCAGACCAAAAAGCUCCUACCUGUGGGCAAGGCACAAGAAUGGGCCAAAGCAAAAGUAGAAGAGGAUGACCUGCAAGGAGAACUUGUCUUGGCAUGGAUUGAAACAGACGACAGUGGGAGAAAAGGGAGUAGUCGAGGCAAGGGGUAUCUGUUGGAACUAGUGACGGAAGAAGAGCUACAAGAGGAUGAGGAAGAAGACAUGGAUCACUGGCUUCAUUCUGGCACUACUACUACAUGUACCACUGAACAGUAUCCACAGGAAAUUCAAAACUGGGUACUCUCCUCUGGGGCGGAGCAAGGACCACGACCCAGCAAGAUGUUUGAGUGGGGCGACUUGGACCCGGAGACACAUGCCAUCAACAAACGACGUCUCACUCAAGAAGUAGUCUCUGUGGAGGAACUGGAUGCAUUGGUCAACAAACGAAAACAAGAUCGCAAACGGCAAAAUAUCUGGACAUUUGAUGAUUGGUUUGCUCAUAUUCGAAAAGAUACCAGUUGCAAUGUUCAUUUGGUGGUAGAGGCAUCUGUUCCACCGUGGGAAGUUGAGCUUCAUCGACCACCCAACACACCAGAAGGAAAGGAACUGGCAAUGCUGCCACUUGCUGCUGAUUGUUAUCGUUGUGUCUCGGAGGAUUCUGACUGCUCCUCGGAAGAUGACCAUGACGCCUCCUCGGAUGGGAUUGGGACCUACUUGGACUACGUGUAUCGACGGUUCAUUGGGGAAAUGGUACAGGAACAACAACAACAAGGGGCUGGUACAGACGCAGACAAUAUCCAGACCACUUGGUGUCACUGUAUAGAUGUGCGCGAUUUGGGAUCGCAAGAGGCUUGUCAUGCCGACGUUACCAAGAACAGAUGGAAAUCUCUCCUUACUCCACAAGAAAGGACAAGUAUUCUUCCAGACAACAAUGAUACCUCAGAGGACAGUAGUUGCGACUUUCCACGAAAUGACAACAAACUACCGUUCCGCGCUGAAAGGGAGUUGAAUAUGGAACAACAGAGCUUUGAGGAAAAACUGAAAGCGGGCAAACUGGAGCCUUCGUCGGACGAAGAACCAGAACAACAUGACCAUUCCAAUCUGGAGAUCAGCUAUCCUUCCUUUGAGGCUUUCUUUGGUCAGAACACUGACGUUCUUUACUAUGCGCCACACGUGCGAUUGUCUUAUUCACCUUUUUUGGCCAAGGUCGUUCGAUCCCUAUCGAAUUGGGAACAGUUCUUUACGCAGCUCUUCCUGACUGGAACAAUCAGCGAGGCCUUGACGUUUCUUGACCUACAGGGUCACAUGGAUCAUGUGUACAUUCGAAGCCCAAUCCUCAAAGACUGGGAUCCAGCGUCCAACUCGUAUAUCUGGAAAGAGAGGCCCGAAUCAGACGAGUAUAUCAUGCCAUUUCUUCCCUGUGCCUUUCAUCUCCAAGCAAAGGGCAGCGAUCGUCGUUCGCGCACGUGGUCAUCUGCACUAUACAGCAAUCUGCACUCCUCGGAAAGCUUUGAACACCAACAAUUCGCGAAAAGUGUCCUCCAAUGGACUAUGCGAAACAUUCAACACCUCUCCAAGGACCCCAAGCGAAACGACGACCCCGAGUUUGGCGGGGAGUGGUUUUUGGCCUAUUUGCGAGCGGCUCAUAGAGAGAUCUACGAAGACAUGGAUCACGGCGAUGCUGGUGAGCUACUGAAGCGAAAGAACGUCCCGAGCUUUUCAGGACCCAACAAGCACAGAAUCGGGGACAUUCAGGUCCCCAGCUGCGAGUCUUCGUUUGAAGAGAUUGUGAAACGAUUCGAGGCGACUCCUUCCACACCUCUUCUCACAGGCCCGCCUCAUCCUAUUGAUAGCCGAACAGAGGUGUUGGCCAAGAUUCUUAUCGACAUUUGGGUGCACCAGCUGAUCGACCACUGUUCGGUUCUCAAAAUUGGCAACAUUGUAGCCCAGAACUCUCCCGACAACAAGAUUGUAUUUGUCAUUUACACGGGCGUCGCUCACACAAGAGCUGUCGCAGACUACUUUUGUACCCAUGCCAAGUUCCAAAAGAAGGGCUUUUAUGGCAAGGUGAACUGGGAAGACGAUGAAAACCGCAAGAUUCAGCUUCCCUCCAAGCUUUGGAACGUCUCAGAACUCUUCCAGGCAGGGUAA